UAUUCUUCCGAAAUCAGCUGUUGCGAUUGAAGUGGUGACUUUGUUUGUAAAUAAAAUGAACUACAACGCCAAGCGAGUAAUGCGCCAGAACUCGGUUUGCGUGGGUUCCAACGACAUGGCAUCGUCGCCGAUAAUGAUUGGACCUGCCCCGCCCUCGGCGCCCAGCACGCCGCAACUGCAGACCACCGAGGAUAUCAAGCCACUGCUUGUGCAGCGCCAGGUGAUCCUGCUGCAAAGUGGAAGCAUACCGACGAAUCCCUCGCCCCAGCAGAUCAACUUAGCUGGACAGAAUGUAGCCGGUGGUGCGAGCGGGAGCAACGUUGCCAACGUUCUCAUUCCGGAUGAUGCACCAGUCUCACUGCUCACAGAGAUUGCGGAUAUAAUGCGAAGCUUUGGCGACAGCGAUCAGCCCAGGACGGGAAGUGUCAAGCUGGUGGAGCAGAUCCUGCAGCAGCAGCUGCGCGGCAUAUUCAAUGAGGCAUCGCUGGUGGCCAUGCGGCGAAAACAGAAUCCCUGCCCGUCGCAGGCGGACUUUGAGUUUCUGAUGCGCAACCAUCCGGUAAAGAUAGCGCGGAUGCGUAAGCACCUCAAGGAUAUGCGCAUACUCAAAAGGUUCCUUAGUAUCCGCACGGGAAGGCCGCAGGACUUCAUGGACGACUUGGAGCAGCAGGAGGAGGACGAGGAGCUGGCCAUCGAUGUGCACGAACUACACGACGAGGACCGAAUGCGAAGAUUAUUCCGCGCAGAUCGGAUCUCGCAGAUCCUUACGGGCCAGCAGUACCUGGAGUUCAAUGAGGCGCGCAAGACGUCAUUCUACUGCCGCCAUGGGGAGAAGAUCAAGAACAAGUUCCGCCGCUUUCUGGACCUGCCCGCGGACCUUCGCAUCCCAACGCCGACAAUGAACAUUCUGGCCUAUCUGGCGCAUGAGACCAUUGCCGCCAUUGUCGACUAUUCAAUCCUGACGCGCCUGAACUCAGACAACCGUGCGACCGAGCCCUACAGCCGAGUGACAUCCGCCGGCGGCAGUCCGGCUAUGAUGCACGUCUGCCCGGAGGUCACCCAGGGUCGCGGCAUGGAGGUGGUCAAGCCAAUCAGUGUACCGGAGAUCCACGAAGCCAUGCGCCGUUUUCGGCAAAUGAGCAGCCGGAAGAUUGGGCGGUAUCGCAACUCUUGCGACAUCGAUUUCCGGCGCAGUUUUCUAGCCAUUUAAGUUUGAAUGAUGUUAAUAUUCUAGCGUAUUUUUAUUUGCUCAAAUUAUUUUUAUUUUUAUUCACAAAAAAAUAUACUAUACUAAUUCAUUUAAAGUAA